AUGCAAAAUGAUAUUCGUGACUCGGUGACCUCCCUUGCCCAGUCGCAUACAACGAUCAUGGCUGGCAAAAGUGUUAGCUUCCUCCCUUCUUCGACUCCGUUUUCUUAUGCAGUUCUCGGAUUAUCGGCAUUUCUUGGAAUUCCAUAUUCGUUCGAUCUGGAGCAAACCGAUGGUCUUGUCUUGACUGUGGAUGGUGUAAGCACUUCGAAUGCCGCGGACGCCCUGCAUCAACUGGCAGACAAUGUCGGACGUGCAGGGGACUCUGAAACUAGUACUAGAUUCCAUGAAAUUGCAACAUCUCUUCCGACUAAAACCGCAUUUGCGGAGCUCUCACCGAUUAUCGAUACUAUCGACGAUCAUCUGGCAUAUAGAACAUUUAUUAUAGGACAUGCAUUAACUGCUGCUGAUUGGGCAGUCUGGGGAGCACUUAGAGCGAGCAUCCAGGCUGUAGGCGUCUUGAAGCGUGGUGCCCAUCCACAUGUGCAGCGUUGGAUGAGUUACAUCGAAUCUCUUACUUCGACUCAACAGGCAUUGGCAGCAUUGACGGAAGUUAAAUCUAAAAAGGGCCAAGGAUCAAAGGCCGCCGCUUCGUUCUCUCUCGGUCUGCCUGAUGCUGUCAAAGGACAAGUGAUCACACGAUUCCCACCGGAGCCCAGUGGUUAUCUUCACAUCGGCCAUGCCAAAGCGGCUAUUCUCAACCAAUACUUUGCCAGGAUGUAUGAGGGAAAGCUGAUCGUUCGUUUUGACGAUACUAAUCCUUCGAAAGAGCGGUCUGAAUUCCAGGAAACUAUUCUCGAGGAUUUGAAACUCUUGGGAAUCGAGCCUGACAUCUUGACACAUACUUCUGAUUAUUUUGACAAACUCUACGAAUAUGGGGUGCAGAUGAUAAAGUCAGGAAAAGCCUACGCAGACGACACUGGCGUCGAGCAGAUGCGCGAGGAACGAACCAAUGGAAUCGCUUCCAAGCAUCGCGAUGAUCCUGUCGAGGAGAACUUGAAGCGCUUUGAGGAGAUGAAAUCCGGCAGUACUGAAGGCGCACGAUGGUGUAUCCGAGCUAAAAUUAGCGUCGACGACCCCAACAAGGCACUUCGUGAUCCAGUUAUUUAUCGAUGCAAUGCGACACCUCAUCAUAUUACUGGCGAUAAAUGGAAAAUUUACCCAACUUAUGAUUUUGCUUGCCCUAUCGUUGAUUCGAUCGAGGGAGUGACUCACGCGCUUCGUACCAACGAGUACCGCGACCGCAAUCCUCAGUAUGCAUGGAUGAUUGAAGCUCUCGGAUUGCGUAAGGUUAUCGUCUGGGACUUUAGCCGAAUUAAUUUCAUCUAUACCCUCUUGUCCAAGCGAAAGCUCCACUGGUUUGUGGAUGAGAAACUUGUUUCUGGUUGGGACGACCCGCGUUUCCCCACAGUUCGGGGUAUCCGACGCCGAGGUAUGACGGUAGAAGCACUUCGCCAGUUCAUGCUAGCCCAAGGACCGUCUCAGGCUCAGCUUAUGCUAGAGUGGGAUACAUUCUGGGCGCUGAACAAGAAAGUUAUCGAUCCAGUUGCCCCACGUCACUGGGCCAUUGCGAAAGAGGGCAUGGUGACUGCCACUAUAAACAGCGCUGUUGAGGAAGUUAAAGAGGUGCCUCUUCACAAGAAGAACCCGGACGUAGGCAACAAGAAGACAGUCUACUCAAAGAACGUGAUCAUGGAGAAGGAAGAUGCAGAUUCAUUCGAAGACAAGGAGGAGAUUACUCUUAUGGACUGGGGUAAUGCAAUUCUUAAAUCCAAAUCCGAUGGUGCAUUGGAGUUUGAUCUUCACCUUGAGGGUGAUUUUAAGAAGACCAAGAAAAAGGUUACCUGGUUAGCCCUCCCUACCCCUAAUCAAGCACUCGUCCAUGCUACGCUUCUCGAUUACGAUUACUUGAUCACCAAGAAGAAGCUAGACGAGGGAGACAACGUUGAAGAUUUCGUUACUCCUGUUACCGAGUUCCGCACGGAGUGUUGGGCCGACGCGAAUGUGCUCAACCUCAAGAAGGGCGACAUCAUGCAGUUCGAGCGCAAGGGCUACUAUAUCGUCGAUGGUGUUUACGAUGAUCCUGAAAGUCAAGUCAGCGGUGCGAAGCGCAUGGAGUUUGUCAAGAUACCAGAUGGUCGCGCGGCAGGGCUGGCAAGCAAGGCUGGUCCCGAGGCAGUAGACGCAUCAGCCAAACCAAAGAAGGAUAAAGCCUCCGGUGGAACUUUGGAAAGCCUGUACGCGGACAAGGGGCACCCUGAGGGUACCAAGGUAUAUCUAUCCGAGGGCAAGACCGGGUACGAGAUUCCGAUCACGACCAAGAUGUAUUCUGUAGACAAGGUUGGUGGAGAGGUAUCAGUAAGCCCCGAGGCAGAUACGAAGAUGUAUGCUGUCAAAAGUGUGUAUGAUAUGUCUUGA